UAAUUUUAUGGUUGGGUCACAACAUGAGGAACUGUAUUUAAAGGGCCAGAAGGUUGAGAACCACUGGGGUAGAGGCUUCUAUCUAAACCCACAUAUUGGGAUUCUUAUUAAACUUGGACAACGGAGACACAAACACAGAAGCCCAGGGCCUAUUUGGAAAGUUCUGGGAGCCUGAAUAGAGUUUGGUCAAGCAGAGAACUUUUCCAACUCUGAUUUUUCCUUUUAAAGUCCUCCUUUCCUUUGUUGCAUGGACGUCCUGUUAAAGAAAAACUGAUUCUGACACUGGUUACACCGGUAAGGAAGACUUUAUUCAAGACUACUGCAAUAGGGAGGAAGACGGGUCAUCUCCUACUGUAGCCCACACAAUGGGAGGAUGGCCCAGGGCAUGGAGAAGGGGUUAGUGAUGGAAAAGCACAAUGAAGAGAAAUGGGGAGGGAUCUUGUUGCUAAACUGACUAGCAGGAUUCCUGCACAUUCAUCAUAGGAGGGGUGGGAUGGGCUCUAAAUGGAAUAAAACUGGGCGUGGCUAGGCAUACAGGUGGCAGCGUAGGGGAACCUGGCUGAAUUCGGUUGUGGAGAGUCUUUGUCAGCUUUCAGAGAGGCACCUAUGCCUCUUACUGAAGACAAGCCAGGUGCCCUAACAGGACCAUGUACAGUGCUGUCUGCAAGAGGACAACUCAAGUGCCUGGGGUUCUGGGCAGAGGGUGUGGCCGGAUACUCUGUUUCUUUCCCAGGAGCCAUGGAUGCUGUGGAACUUUCCAGAAAGCUGCAGGAGGAGGCAACAUGCUCCAUCUGCCUUGACUAUUUCACCGACCCUGUGAUGACCUCCUGUGGCCACAACUUCUGCCGUGAGUGCAUCCGGCUGACUUGGGAGAAGGCCAAAGGCAAGAAGGGCAGGAGGAAACGCAGGGGUGUCUUCCCCUGCCCCGAGUGCCGCGAGCUGUCCCCCCAGAGGACCCUGCGGCCCAAUCGCCUGCUGACCAAGGUGGCUGAGAUGGCACGACAGCACCCGGGCAUCCAGAGCAGGGAUCUGUGUCAGGUGCACCAGGAGGUGCUCAAACUCUUUUGCGAAGAUGACCAGAGCCCCAUCUGCGUGGUCUGCAGGGAGUCCCAGGAACACCGGCCUCACAGAGUGGUCCCGGUGGAGGAGGCUGUGAAGGAGCACAAGGGCAAGCUGGAGAAGUCCCUGGACCACCUGCAGAAGCAAAUGGAAGAUGCCCUGCUGUUUCAGGCUCAGGCGGAGGAGACCUGUGCCCUGUGGCAGAAAAUGGUGGAGAGCCAGCGGCAGAAUGUGCGUGCAGAGUUUGAGCGGCUGCGCCGCCUGCUGGCAGAAGAAGAGCAACGGCUUCUGCAGAGGCUGGAGGAGGAGGAGCUGGAGGUGCUGCCCCCGCUGCAGGAGAGCGCUGUCCGCCUUGGGCAACAGAGUGCGCAGCUAGCCGAUCUUGUCGCUGAGCUGGAGGGGCGCUGCCAGCUGCCGGCGUUGGGACUGCUGCAGGACAUCAUGGACACCCUGCGCAGGGUCCAGGAAGUGAAGCUGCAGCCGCCUAAGGUGGUGCCCAUGGAGAUGAGGACGGUGUGCAGGGUCCCGGGGCUGGUGGAGGCUCUGCAGAGGUUCCGAGGGGACAUAACGCUGGAUCCGGACACUGCUAACCCUGAGCUGGUCCUGUCGGAAGACAUGCAGAGUGUGCGGCGGGGGGACCUGCGGCAGCCCCUGCCUGACAGCCCCGAGCGCUUUGACCCCGGGCCCUGUGUGCUGGGCCGGGAGCCCCUGAGCUCCGGCCGCCACUACUGGGAGGUGGAGGUGGGCGAGCGGGCCAGCUGGGCCUUGGGUGUCUGCAGGGAGAAUGCUAACCGUAAGGAGAAGGGCGAGCUCUUUGCAGGCAAUGGGUUCUGGAUCCUGGUGUUCCUGGGGGGCUUCUACAACUCCUCUGAGCGGGCCUUUGCCCCCCUUCGAGACCCACCCCGGCGUGUAGGCAUCUUUCUGGACUACGAGGCCGGGCACCUGGCAUUCUACAGCGCCACCGAUGGGUCACUCCUGUAUGCCUUCCCUGAGACGCCCUUCUCAGGGACGCUUCGGGCCCUCUUCUCACCUCUGUCUAGCAGCCCCACCCCCAUGACCAUCUGCCGACCCAAGGGAGUGCUUGGGGAUGGGCUGGCUUCCCAGUGAGCAGGUGUCUCAUGCCUUUGUCCUGCCUUUGAGUCUCCAAGGGUAUCCUGAGCCACAGGAAGAGCUCCCAAUGCCACUUUGUGUGCUUAGUAAAAUCCCUCUACCUCUGUCAUCCCCGGGAAGCCAACACUGUGGGGCCAGCAACAUCUCCCAGGUGACCUUCCAUGGCCAUCUGAUGUCACCAGUGCAUUGCUCACAGUCCUCUGCAUAGCCCAAGCCAGGGUCCUGGGGAGCUCUGUUUGCAGGAGCCCAGCUGGUCAGCGUUGAGGCCAGGGCUUGUGGAACUUUCUGAGGCUUCAGCCUGAGUCCUUGACAGCCCCAGGGCUGUAUCCCCAAAGAGCUGCUGUCUUGUGAGGCCGCUGGGAGGGAGGUGAGUCCGUCAGCCUGUCUCAGGGUCUGGUCCUAGAAAAUGGUGCUGGAUGUGGAUGCCCCAUCAAUCGGGGUGCAGCAGUCAUCAGGAGAGGGGGGGCAUGGGAAAGGCCAGAGGAAGAGUGCUCAGAGCAAAAGGUACUUAAUAAGGGGUCUGAGGAACCUGGGUACAAGCCCUCAAGUCCCCCAGCAUGGGCCACUGUGGGCUUCUGCAGAAUGCUCCUUCCCACCCCAGAGCUGAGCACUAGCUGAGAAAAGACACUGGCCCUGCCUGGGGAAGGGGUGAAGCUGCGUAGACCCCCCCCCUCCCCCACUUCAAUCCAGGAUUUCUAUUGGCUUGUUUUGGUGCUUUUUCACAAGAAGGUGUGUACCCCAAGAUUUUAUCUGUGGUAAGGACCAUCCUUACAGUAAAUAAACUAACCAUUGUCUGUGAUGCCACUUUUGAAUUGGGUGGGAGAGUCCAUGGGCAAAGGCCUACCGUCCACAGCAAAGUUGGGGACACAGUGGCUGGCUGCAUUUCAUGCAACUGCCAUGGGAUUCUUUUUUUUCAAAUAAUCUGAUCAACAGCUCUAGGUUCCAUGGUGUUCAAUAGCUAGUUACUUGAUUAUUUAUUUACUCAUUCUCCCAUUGUUGGACUUUUUUUAAAAAUGUAUGUACCACUUUGAACAAUUCCUUCAAAUUAUGUACCCGGGAGGUUUUUCUCAGUCAAGCCAGGAGUCUGCCACUUUUCUGGCUGGGGAAGUUUCCCCAUCCUUUCCCAGUUGACUGCCUACUGUUUCACUUCCUGUUGAGAAUCUGAGGUACUGGUUGGUUCUUGCCUGAAGCAAGAUUUGGACUUUGGGAUUUCCUGGAUGGCCACCGGAAGCCAGGAGGUGAGACAGCCUCGGUGAGAGUUUGGAGGAGCACACGACUGCCCCAAGAACAGCAGGAUGGACACCUAACCAAGGCUUUGGAGCAAAGCUGGACACCAGUGUGAGGGAGGGAAAAUAUUCCCUCCACCCAUCCGAUCCCUGUCUGGAACCCGGGAAUAAAAGAUUAAUGAGAAAAA